AUGAACCAACCUGCAGAUGUGUUUGAUCAUGAGUGGCCACCCGAAGAUGUUGAUGAGUAUGAGAAUCACUACUUUGAGGAGGAAUGGCCCCUAGGUGAAACAGACCUGCAUGACGACUUAGAUGAUCCGAUCCAGGCCCCGCAGUCUUUCAAUGUGAAUGAGCCCAAUCCUGGUAGACCUGACGUGCCAGUUGUGGCUACUCCAAGGCUGUCUUGGUGUUGUCUGAGGUGUGAUGCAUUUAACUAUGAUUGGAACCCGGAGGCAGAGAACUGGCAAUGCACUGAGUGUAGUGGCACUGAAUUCUAUAAGACAGAUCGCCCCACGAAGAUCGUGCGUGAGCAUGGUUCUUGGUUGUAUCUCCCAUUUGGUCACGAUGCCCCUGCUUCAUCGUCACAGAAGAGAAGGCGAAGGCGUAUGAGAGGCAAGUAUGAUCCAUCUGGUGAUGACUCACUGCCCCGUGAAACUGCAGAGUCAGAAGUUCCAACCGCUGACCCAGUUGUAGAGGUUGAGCCGAGACAGACUCAUGCGGCUCAGCUUCCACUUGGAUCUCAUAGACAUGACCUACCAGCCACUCGUAGAUCGAUUCAUGCAUCUCCUUCUGCCAAGACUUCGGAUGAGCGUUUGGUGGCAGCACUCACCAAAGCUUUGGACAAGAAGAGCGACUCCGAGGAGUGGUCAUCCUUGAAGGGCCCCUUCAAAGGAGUUCGAUGGCGCGGUGGCACUCCACCUCACCCGCCAACAUGGAGCUAUGACAAAGACGACUUGAGAGCCUACAACAAGUAUGUCAAGAAGGUAGAGAUUUGGAUGCUGCAAGUGGCACCCUACAUGACUAAGAAAGAGGCUGCGCUGCAACUCUAUGGAGCCCUCCAAGGAGAAGCAGAGCAAGAGCUUGAACACACCCCAGUCUCCGAAAUCUACUGUGAUGACGGAGUGCAAAAGAUUCUGAGCGCUCUUCAAGCUCCAAUGGAACAGAAGCAGAUCUACCAGAAGCGUCGAUAUCUCCAUGAAUUUGAGAGUGGGCUGAGUCAUGAACAGCAGCGCAUGUUACUUGUGGGAACAAGUCAGAGUCUUGCUUUUGAUCAGUUGGCAGAGGCAAUGGUUCUCCAAUUUCCUGACUAUCGAGGUGCACCACCGAUUCUUGGAGCCAAUGGUAGAGAAGUUUCAAAGGGUUCUUCCAAAGGAAAGCCUUCAUCCUCUCCGAGCUCUACGGCAAGUUCGUCGAGCUCUACUACCAAUUCACACACCUCCUAUCGAACUUCGUCCACUGCCCUCAGUAGCUCGUCUGGCAAAGGUGGCAGUGUUAAAAGAGCCUUUGUUGCGGAAGUUGAACAGCCAGCCAAUGAUGACACACCCGAGAAUCUUGAGACUAUUGAUGAAGAACCGCAAGCAGAAGAAGAAGCUGACCAAUCAGCUGACAGCGAACACACAGCCCAAGAAGGUGAUGAUCCUGAUCUCUCAGAACUAGCCGAAGUCCUCACCAUCACUGCAAAGAAGUUGAGUGGUUUGACGCUUGGUCGAAAGUGGGCCAAGUCUAAGCCUUCUGGCCCUAGAGAUCGUGCGAGUCCAUCGGAUGCCAAGAAGCACACUCAUUGCAGUGCUUGUGGUGCCAAAGGCCAUUGGUAUCAGGACCCAGAGUGUCCCAAGAACCAAGGCACUUCUUCUAGGACUCUGAAAUCCUUUUGCCUUCAAUCUCGUGUCCGAGCAAUGCACCAGCCUCCACCAGCAUGGUUGGCGUCAUGGCGUCGGAUAGUGCUCAUCAUCAAGAACGUGUUCAAGGUCUUCAUCCGCCAAGCUGUGUGUCUCAUCAAUCUGAGCCUAAUGCCCCGAGACGUACUUCAAGCACUACCACCACAAGUGAGCAUCAGAGCCAGUCCAGACACAUGCGAUCACUUCCAGUGCAAGAGGUACGGCAAUCCACGAGGCAGAUUUGCACAGUGCCUUCAAUGCCUGACCAAGUGGAAGUGGAACGAAGCCCUCGAAAAGUGGCAGCCUCAUGGACCAAGCGCACACUCUUCGCGAUUGCGACCUUUGCCACCACCAUCUUCGGCAACGAUCGCAACUUCAGCGCCAUCUUCAACAGCGGCGACACGUGCAGCCACGUCCAAAGCGAAAGCCAAAGCCACACCGGGACCCACUUCCAACACGUCAGCAGCCCCUCAGACUCAAUGGACAUCCUUCGACGACAUGGAGCUCCACAUGGACCACUUGACGGAGGAGGAGCAAGUGGAAGUCAUGCAGAUCAUGAUCCAAGAGAGUCCCAUACGCGCACUCCAAAUGGGCACUCACAACUGGAUGUGGGAGGCUUGGGCCAACGACCCAGGCCACGAGGAGGAUCGUCAGAGGGUGGAGCUGCAGACAGAUCAGAAGCGAUGGGACAGACUCAUCGAGUUGGGAGUGAUCCAGAAUCCGGACAGCGAGAUCUACGACUUCGAGUGGAACGAGGUGGAUCCAUGUGAAGCCCUGUCCACGAAGCUCGCCCCUGAGUAUGACCUGGAUGUCCUCCAACCGUAUGACUUGAUCUAUGGACAGGACUUCAUGAAAGAGGAAGUGCAAAACAGCAUUUUCAAGACCUUGAGACGGUUUCGUCCUCUCCUUACUUUGAUGGGACUGGACUGCCGUCACUACAACUUGUUCCAGCUUCAACAAGGUGACGCUCCACUGAGACAGAUGGCAGCAUCAGUGGCAGAAGAGCAGUUGAAGAACAACAGAUACUUUCUGAUGCGGUCAGAAGUGUGGGAGACCCCAGAGAUGGAACGGUUGAAACAACUUCCUGGAGUAUGGACGGUAACAUGUGAUUCAGGAGUUUUUGGGCUUAUGGUUCACGGUCACAAUGUUGCAAAACCAAUCACCUUCAUCGGUAACAUUCCAGGUCUUGAUGAGCAACUUUCUCGAAGACUUCUCCCAGAACAACGACAACAAUGCACACCCAUUCAAGGGAAGCUCACUCGUGCUUCUCAGGCCUAUCCUGAGGAACUCUGCAGAACAAUUCUGGAAGCUCUGAGACGAGUUGCUCGCGAGCUACAACCUCAGCGCUUCUGCACUCGACAGCGUGGAGUCCAUCAAGCACUACCAGUCCAACAACCAACGACUGAUCUGGCAGCUUGGGACUCCGUGUAUCAACAUCUUGAUGCAGCGUUCAGCCAAUCAAGCAAACGACCCUUCCUGAUCGCCACCAACAGCGAGAUGGGGAAAUACAUUCAAUCACUUUUCAGGAUUGACGCCAUCAAGAUCCAAGCAGUUGCGAGCCCAACUACCAGGCGCAUUCCCAGCAAUGUUGACGAAUGGUCGACUAGAGCAUGUUGUCUCUUCUUUGCAGAUGAUGAUCGCAAAGUAGAAGUGGAAGACCUAGACAAUGUGAGGUUUCCAAAGCAGAAGUUCCACAAGACUGUCAGAUACGCAGUCUUUGCUUAUGGUGCCCGACGAGAACUGCCAGCAACGUCGGAACAGCAGCAACCUGAGCAAACAGAACCUGGACCAGCGAUUGUCCCUGGAUUGCCCACCGACAUCGACUUUCCAGGUACGUCUCAGCAGUCACUGUCCCAAGAGGUGAAGCGUACUGUCGCACGACUACAUCUCAAUUUGGGACAUCCAACAUCACAAGAACUAUGUCGACUGUUGGCUUACGAAGGCAACGUUCCAGACAUGGUUUAUCAAGCAGUUCGGCAUCUACGAUGCGCCACUUGCGAAAGAUUGAAACCACCACAAAAACCAAGGCCUUCAACAAUGCCUUCAUUGACAGUGGGACAGUUCAACGAUGAGCUGCAGGCAGACAUAUGCUACUGCCGUACUGUUACAGCCACCACCUUCAUGAUUUUGGGCGUAGUUGAUAGGGCCAUGGGAUUGCACCAAGCAGGCAUUCUCGACGACCGAAACAGUGAAACAUGUUUUCAGCUUCUCCAUGAUCUUUGGCUUCGACCCUUUGGUUUGCCUCUACGUCUUCUUUGUGAUCCUGAUCCUUCCUUCAAGGGCAUGUUUCAACAUAGAGUUCAGGCGAUAGGCAUCCACCUGGACUACUGUCCACCAGAAGCUCACCAUAUCAUCGGCAUGAUAGAGCGACGGAACUCAGUGCUGAGGUUGAUCUUGGAAAAGCUGAUAGAUCAAUUUGCUGUUGACAUUCCAGAACGGUGUCAAGUUUUGGUUUCUGCAGCAUGCCAUGCCAUCAACUCACAGAUCCAAACUCAUGGAAGAAGUGCCUACCAGGCAGUUUUUGGAAGGCAGCCCAGGUUGCUAGAUAGCAACUUCAACGACCCAAUGAUCCUGGCCACAUCAUCCUCAGCCAUCAGGGAUGAGACCAAUCCAGGACUACGAGCUGACCUUGUUAGAAAUGAGGCCAUCAAGACACUCCACAACCUCGACGUUAGCCAGCACUUGCGUCGAGCUCUCUUGCGGAAGACUCGCAAGACCAACAUUGCAGAUUUGCAGCCAGGACAGAAGUGUGCAUUCUGGCGAUGGAGCCGAAGAGGUGGACCUCGUGGACCUCGUAAGAGAGGAACUUGGGUGAUAGGCAGAUUCUUGAGUUGGGACCCAUCUCACCCAGGAAAACAAGCUUGGAUUCGAAGUGGUGCAACAACAAUCCUAGCCACCGCAGAGCAAAUUCGAGCUGCUUUUGGGUUCGAAGAUUGGGCACCAGAUCCCCAAGAUAUCGCAGCACUAAAGAAUGCGUCUACAAGCUUUACAGACCAGCUACUCGAUGACCGGGGUCCUGAACCACCAGACCUGAACAUCGAGGAUGAUGACAUCUUUGACCCUGAGAGUGCUGCCAUCCCACCAACACCAUCAAUGAUGGUACCUGCCACACCAGUUCCACAGACCGAACCACCAGCCAAGCCAGCAUCAUCCUCGAUGCAGCCUCGACAAUCAGAUACUGUCAUACAACAACAGUCCACCAUUCAGGUGAACAUUGACAGUCCUACACAUAUCACCAACAAGACGAUGCAGUUUCAACGCUUCGGAGACAUACCAACCCGAAGCAGAAAGCACAGGUCACGAACACCAAACUCCCGGAGGACAGAGGUGCGUGAUAAACCAGUUUCACAACCACCAGCUGAACUACCACCAGCUGAAGCACCAACAAUUUUGCCGCCUGCCGCGACAAUGACUGAUGAACAACCAUCAACAUUGACUUUGCCGCAGCCAACCGAGGAGCAACAAUCCCUCGAACAUAUGCCACCGCAGACAGUUUCACAAUUCCUUGGACAAGGGGACACCAUUUUGGACCCCACAGAGCCCGAGCAACACCAACCAGGCCCAACACAAGGGUCUACGGCUCAAAGUUCGGCUUCUCAAACAAUGCAACAUGAUGUGGUGCCAGAAACACCACAAGUGAUUGAGGUUGAAGAUGACUCCACGGACAACAUGUUACCACAGAAACGAACAUUUGACAGCCUCAUCACAUUGCGACCACUGGGGCACAACAAAAUCCAACGAGUCAGUAGCCAAUGGGAUGGAUCACCACUGAUUGGAUUCGGCCCCAAGAGCAAUAGGUACCACAAAGCAUACUUGACAACACAUCAGAGAAAACAAGACGUUUUGCAAGAGAACAAGCCACCUGAGGAGCCAGACACAACUGACGACUCUAGCUCGGAUGAGACCGAGCAAGUCAACAAGCCCCAAACAAUGCAGCUAGCACUCAAAACGAGCAGCAAGCAAAAGCAAAGUGGCAAGACAGCACUGCAGCCAAUGCAACCAGCCUACAAGCAAGGCAUGACACGACAAGAAGUCAAAGCACUGGAUCGCGAGAUUCCAUGGAGAACCAUCCUCUCCAUGCCUCCAUCCUAUGUCGACAAGUUCCUGGCCGCCAUCGACAAGGAGGCGGUGGCCUGGCAACAAUGGCAAUCAGUAGAACCCCUGUCUGACAAGCAGGCUCAAGAAGUGUUCAGUGACCCAGUGUUGUCUAAGAGAAUAUUGCCCAGCCGGGCAUGCUACAGAGACAAAGCUUGCGGCAUCGGUGAUGUCGUUGCCAAAUGCCGAAUCGUGGCCUUAGGCCAUCUUGACCCUGACCUGCAACAGUUGUCCAGGAAUGCUUCAACCCCUGGAAGAAUCGCCGAGCACAUCAUGUUCCUGAUGAUAGUAAGUGGAUCCAACAGGUGCUUGUUUGAUACUCAACAACUUUGGAUCACUUGGAUUGGAGACGCAAAGACAGCAUUUCUCCAAGGAGUUCAAGACCCUCAGGAACGAGAUGGACCUUUGUUCAUGCGACCACCAAGGGACGGCCUUAUCAGCCGUACAAAUCACUGGACAGCCGCACUAUACAGGAUAAGGGGGAACGUGUACGGCCUUGCAAAUGCACCAAUUACCUGGCAACGUGAAGUAUGCCGCCGACUCGCCCAUUUGAAAUUUACUCAACACAUGUUUGACAAGCAGCUGUACGUCAAAUACACCGACUCUGGUGAAGUGCAAGCAGCAGUCCUAGUCUAUGUUGACGACUUCGUAGGAGUUUAUCGACAAGACUUUCCCAUUCAACAAGUGUAUGAUCUUUUUCAAUGGGGAUCUCGACAAGAACUGGAAGUGGGCAAACCAGUGACUUUUAAAGGCAAGGAGUUGACCCUCAUAGAAGACAAACACGGCAAGAUCAACCUUCAUAUCACUAUGAAGAAAUUCAUUCAAGGACUCGAUACUGCAAAGGUCAUCAGAGGCCGCAACACAGACGACCACUUGAAUGAGCAUGAGCAGAAAGAACUAAGAAGCGUGUGUGGAUGUCUUCAAUGGCUUGCAACUCAAUGCAGACCAGAAGUGGCGGCAUCAGUUAGUCUCGUGCCUCACGGUGCUGCUCCGUUAGAGAGCAUUCGUUGGGUUCCAACGCAGUACCAGUUUAGCGAUGGCUUGACCAAAGUUGAUGCAAAACUUCGUGAGAACUUUUCAAAGUGGCUGAAAGACCCUGUUUGCAUCAUCACGCAAGAAGCCAUUGAACAUGCACGUGCCAAAGAAAAAUAUUCCGGUGAAAGUUCUGUGCUGUGCUCCUUCGCUCUGCAGAGCAGAAGCAGUGCUGUAGACGGAGAGGGCUUCAACCGAGCACGAAGUCCUUCUGAAUCCUUCUGGAAGAAUUUUCAAAUGACACCACCAGCUGCAAGGUGCUCCUUCGCGCUGCAGAGCAGAAGCAGUGCUGUAGACAAAGGGGGCUUCAACCGAGCUGGGAAAAUUGGAGUACUUCUUGCUCACACACCGUGCAGAGCUUUGGGGGCAGAACUUCCCACACUUGUCUCUCACUCUGGGCAAAGUCGCGAGUCUGCACCACAGUUUUCCAUGCUACCCAUACUGCUGAAGGCGAUGGUGCAAGGAAACUUGAGGCAACUUUUCUCAGCGAAACAGGCACGAAGUCCUUCUGAAUCCUUCUCGAAGAAUUUUCAAAUGACACCACCGACUGCAAGGUGCUCCUUCGCACUGCUGAGCAGAAGCAGUGCUGUAGACGGAGAGGGCUUCAACCGAGUCAUAUGGCUGCAUUGGAUAGCAACUAGCACUUUGAUGCGUCAGAGCAGGAAACUGUUAGACAACUUGGAUCAGGCGAUGCAGGCAGUGGUCAAUACCACCAGAGCAGUUUCAGGGCGACUGACCAGUGGCUCCGCACCGGGACUUAACAGCAAUGCGACCAUGAAGGCUGGUGACUGUGGAGCACUUCGUCCUGACUUCCAAAAUGACUCCGCAGUUCUGGCUGGGAGCUCCCUAUUUCAAUGGCAACAUGUUCGAUCUAAACCGAUGGAAAUUGGAGAUUUUCUGGCCCGUCAGGUGCCACGAGUUUGCCAAUCUUGCAUCCUGCCCAUAUCGCCAACGGCAGUGCUGGCUUGGUUGGCAGCACGAAGUCCUUCUGUAUCCUUCCAGAAGAAUUUUCGAAUGACACCACCGGCUGCAAGGUGCUCCUUCGCGCUGCAGAGCAGAAGCAGUGCUGUAGACGGAGAGGGCUUCAACCGAGCACAAAAUCUUUCUGAAUUCUCCUGGAAGAAGUCUUCAAUGACUCUACACGCUUCAAGGUGCUCCUUCGCGCUGCAGAGCAGAAACAGUGCUGUAGACGAAGGGGGCUUCAACCGAGCGAUGCAGGCCGUGGUCAAUACCACCAGAGCAGUUUCAGGGCAACUGACCAGUGGCUCCACACCGGGACUUGACAGCAAUGCGACCAUGAAGGCUGGUGACUGUGGAGCACUUCUUCCUGACCUAGGGCUUUGCGUUUUCAGGGAACGGCUCGAAUGCAGACAUUUUUUGGAGGUGCCACGAGUUUGCCAAUCUUGCAUCCUGCUCAUAUCGCCAAAGGCAAACAUCCCUUCUCCAUGUCGAAGCGAUUUAAGCGUUUUGAUGAGAGCAUUGAUGAGGGGGGGGAAAGCCCACAGGUACUCCUUCGAGUUGCAGAACAGAAGCCGUGUAGAGAGGGCGGACUUCAACCGAGCGAUGCAGGCCGUGGUCAAUACCACCAGAGCAGUUUCAGGGGGGCUGACCGGUGUCUCCACACCGGGACUUGACAGCAAUGUAACCAUGAAGGCUGGUGACUGUGGAGCACUUCUUCCCGACCUAGGGCUUUGCGUUUUCAGGGAACGGCUCGAAUGCAGACAUUUUUUGGAGGUGCCACGAGUUUGUCAAUCUCGCAUCCUGCCCAUAUCGCCAAAGGCUGAUGCCAGACUGCCCAGACCACUGGCUUGGUUAAAGACAAUCCAGGUGCCAAAUCCUUCCGAAUCCUCCUGGACAAAUUCUUCAUUGACUCUGCCCGCAAGGCGCUCCUUUGCGUUGCAGAACAGAAGCCGUGCUGCAGAGAGGGCGGACUUCAACCGAGCGAUGCAGGCCGUGGUCAAUACCACCAGAGCAGUUUCAGGGGGGCUGACUGGUGUCUCCACACGGGGACUUGACAGCAAUGUGACCAUGAAGGCUCGGGACCGUGGAGCACUUCUUCCUGACGUACAGUUGACUGUAGGGCUUUGUGGUUUGAGGGCACGGCUCAAAUGCAGAAACUUUUCGGAGGUGCCACGAGUUUGCCAAUCUUGCAUCCUGCUCAUAUCGCCAAAGGCUGAUGGCAAACUGCCCAGACUGCCCAGACCACUGGCUAGGUCAAAGAAAAUGGAGGUGCCAAAUCCUUCCGAAUCCUCCUGGACAAAUUCUUCAUUGACUCUGCCCGCAAGGCGCUCCUUUGCGUUGCAGAACAGAAGCCGUGCUGUAGAGAGGGCGGACUUCAACCGAGCGAUGCAGGCCGUGGUCAAUACCACCAGAGCAGUUUCAGGGGGGCUGACUGGUGUCUCCACACGGGGACUUGACAGCAAUGUGACCAUGAAGGCUCGGGACCGUGGAGCACUUCUUCCUGACGUACAGUUGACUGUAGGGCUUUGUGGUUUGAGGGCACGGCUCAAAUGCAGAAACUUUUCGGAGGUGCCACGAGUUUGCCAAUCUUGCAUCCUGCUCAUAUCGCCAAAGGCAGUGCUGGCUUGGUUGGCAGCAGCUGCGCUUAGAUCAAGGCUUAAAUGUGACACUUUCAGGAGUGCCACGUCACAUUGGGGCGUUUGA